AGCAAUUAUAUUUAUUGACAAGAAGAUUAAUCAAUGAUGCAAUAUCAUCAUCAUUAUUAUCCGAUUACUAUAGUUAUAAUUGUUUUACUACUUAAAUCAUUUAUAAGUAGUUCUCAAAUCCCAAUCGUGAUUUAUAAUCUUGCUGAUGAAACACCAACUGGUUCAUUAAUUGGUAAUAUAGCAGAAAAUUUAUCAUUCAAUUCUAUAAGGAACUAUACAUACUUAUUCAUUACAUCAAUUAAAUUUCAAUAUAUAAAUGAUUAUAUCAAAAUUACAUCCAAUGGUGAUAUCAUUACAUUACGUCAUAUAGAUCGUGAUAAUACAAAUGAUAUAUGUGGUCCAUUAAAUUGUUGUCCAUUACUCGUAUGUCAAAUUGAAGCGAAUAUCAUUUUGACUAAACAAUGGGAUAAUCAUUGGAAACAUGAUUUGAAUCAAAUGAAUCAUUCAUUCAUGGAAGAUCAUCGUAUUCCUGAUGAAGGUGAAGAAGAACAAUUGAGACGAAACUCGAUAAAAUUGAAUGAAUCUAAUGAACAACAAACGAUGAUACAUUUAUAUAUACGAAUUAACGAUGCAAAUGAUAAUCCACCACGUUUUUUUAUGUCAACGAAUAUGAUUCAAUAUGAUUCAUUAAAUAAAUCUCAACAAUUAUUGAAUAGACCAUUUAUUAUUUAUAUACGUGAAGGGGAUACAAAUGGAUUUGAAGGUUUACCUAUUGCUUCAGAUGCAGAUUCUGAAUUAAAUGGUAUAGUGAUGUAUCAACUCAUCGAAUAUACAAAUAAUGGAGAUCUUGUGAAAGAACCUCGAUUAAAUAUUACUAUGACAUAUGAUCAUAUUCAUUCAAUCAAUCCAAAAUUGAUACUUCUUCGAUCAUUAGAUUAUGAAAAUAUAGAUGAUCGUGAAAUCUAUGCUACAUUCUAUGCCAUUGAUGGAGGUGAUCCAUCAUUAACUGGUUCAUUAUCAAUUAUAGUUCGUUUAUUAGAUAUGAAUGAUAAUCCCCCUAUGAUUGAACAAUCUACAAUGACAGAACAAUAUAUCACAUUACCAGAGAAUACAACAUUAGAUAAUAGACCAUUCUAUAUAGUGAAUGCAACAGAUGCUGAUUCUGGUGAGAAUAGUCGUCUUAUCUAUUCGUUUAGUCCAUUAGCUAAUAGUCUGAUUCCAAUGAAAUUCCAUAUUGAUUCAACAAACGGAGCGAUUACAAUACGUGAACCAUUAGAUUAUGAAAUCUAUUCUGAACGUCAAUUCUUGUUGCCAAUUAUUGUCAAGGAUUCUGGUAGUCCACCAUUAUCCUGUACGACGUCGAUUUCUAUUCAAAUUAAGGAUAUAAACGAUAAUAUACCAACAUUAAUGAUACAAGAGAAUAUCACUAUACCAGAAGGACAUAUAUUUACAAAACCAAUUAUACGAUUUUAUAUUAAAGAUGAGGAUGAAGUAUCUCAUGGGAAAGUAAGUUAUUCUGAUCAUAGUGACUGA